CUCACGUACUGCAGACGCAAUCUCCAAGUCCAAUUGCCGCAGCGCGAACCGGUCAGCUGCUCCCACCAGUAGAUAUUCUCCCUCUCCCUCUCUCCCACGCAACAGGAAGAGUCUCGAAACCGCCAUAGCCAUUGCUCUACUUGGAGGAAACCCCACCUCGCGAGUACUUGUUGCAUAUUUCGAAGAACUAAAUUCGUCUGUAAAGUCGAAAUAAACGAAACGCCGCUAUGUCGAUUCGAAAUCUACCGAGUCCUAAGCUUUUUUCUGUUUUUCUCGUCUUCUCGGUCUUCCUCAUCCGUUUUCCAGGAUUGGUAUUACCGGCAGUUGUUACCCUCGAAUCCAUGGAGAUAUUUAAAACCCACGAGUGGAUACCGAACGCAAAACCAAUAGUUUAUUUCCGGUGUAAAGAGGAGAACAAGACGGUGCUGCCGGAUGUAAAGAAAGCGCAUGUCUUGUAUAGUUUCAAAGGUGAAGAGUCUUGGCAGCCUCUGACAGAACUUUCAAGUAAAAAGUGUAAGCGGUGUGGGUUUUAUGAGGAGGAUAGUUUCAAAUCAGAUGAUGUAUAUGAAGAGUGGGAGUUUUGUCCAAGUGAUUUUUCUGGUCCCGAUGGGAAAUAUAUCCGGUUCAAGGACAAGGAAUUUAAUGCUACUUUUUUGUGCCCGAAAUGUGUUCCUUUUGCAAAUGCUUCAAGUUCUGCAUCCAGCUCACAUGGUGGAGGAAAGAGAAUAAAUGUUGCUCUAAUCAUAUUGAUCAGUGUUGUGGUUUCAACAGUAUUGAGUUUUGGAGUAGUGGGUGUGUAUAAAUACUGGCAAAAGAAGAAGAGGGAACAAGAUCAGGCUCGGUUUCUGAAGCUGUUUGAAGAUGGGGAUGAUAUCGAGGAUGAGUUGGGCCUUGGUAUGUAAUAUGAUGAAUGAGAUAACUUGGUACCAUUGUACAGCGAGCUGAUCUUAGACAGAUUUUCUUUAUUGAAUGAAAAAUUAAAAUUUUGAAAUUUGCAUGCAAUAAUGUAUACUAUAGAAGGUGUAGUCUUGUGUGAGCUGUAUGGCAUUUCUCUCUCAAAAGGCAUAUGAGUUGGUUCUUAGGCCACCUUGUUCCUCCAAAUUGUUAAAUCCAGCACGAGUCUGACAGAUUGGUUCAGGGGUUGCCUACCACAGUCCAUAUAAAGGUAUGUAACUUGUUGCAGCUUGUAAAUAAAAGGGCAAUUCUGAACUACGUUGUACAACUUUUUGUAUAAGCAGCACUUGCAAGUUCAUAAA